AUGCUCGUCGUCCUCGCUACUGCUCUAUUGGCCCUGAGCGGCAGUUUGGUGAGUGCCCACGGUUCUCACCCCGACCAGCCGCCCUCGUCGGAUUGGGCCACCCGGCAUAUGCAAGAGGAACAUCACAUUGAUGCCUUCGACGCUGCUUCCUUCUUCUCUCUUCACGACUAUGAUGAAUCCGGCGCAUGGACUCCCGAGGAAGUGCGCAAGACGUACGGCAUGGACGAUGAGACGAACGCAGGUGCCACGGAGGAUCGCAAGAGCCAAGCCUUAAGAGAAGUGUUCACUCUCUUCGACCCCACGAAUACUGGCUUCAUCACCCGCGACAACUGGAUGCGCAUCAUCGCCGAGGGCACUCGGCUGCCCGAUCUGGGGUUCGGUCCGGGCCACCACGGCGACAUUGAGUAUGAGUACGAGAUCCACCACUUCGAGAAGUACCAUGGCGAAGAUGCGACAGAGGAGGAGCUCACCCACCCGGAAGACAUUGAGCACUUCCGGCGGCACGACGAGGAAGAUCUGGCGAUGGAGCGCCUCGAGCAGCUCGAGAGCAUGCAGAUCGUCGAGGCCAACAUACCGCAGAAGUUCCUCAAGCAAGCUUAG